UCAAUCCCAGAAUACCUUUCAUUUGAAAAUAAAUUGUGUGCUGUAUUGCUGUUUGAUACCGGAAGCGCUUUUUUUAUAAACAGGAUUUUAGUAUUUCAAAACUUUUUUUUUAACGCGUUUGUUACAGCAGCAAUUAGUAAAGUAGCCGGUCCGGGGAAAAUAAAGAAAACGAAAUCCCAGUCAUUAAAAUGGUCAGUUUAAAGUAUAAAGUAAAUACAAAAACAAAGUAGAGAAUGAUUACAUUCGCAACCGACUGAAAAAAGUGACUUUAUUAGGAUUUUGUUUUGCUGGUAUGCUUCUUGCUGCUGGGAAUUGAUCAGUUUGUGUGAGCUAGUAUAAUGGAUGACGAUUUUUUGUUAGCUUUAAAGUUACAAGAGCAAUUUGACAACGAAGCAACUUUCCUUCUAACGAACGCUAUUGACAAUAAUAGUUACGAUGAAACUAAAAAGAGAAAUGUUGAAUCGACGCAGGGUCAAAUUGUGCCUAGUUAUUCUCGCUCAUCCUUCAACCCCGAGAGGCCGAUGUCCAUUGUAGAUGAGUCCUGGGAGAACCUGGACCCCAGCCCCGAUGUCAGGGCAAUGUUCAUGGAGUUCAAUGACACGUUUUUCUGGGGGAAGCUCUGUGGCGUGGAAGUCAAAUGGAGCGCUCGGAUGACAUUGUGUGCAGGGGUGUGCUGCUAUGAAGGCAGAGGAGGUCUGUGCUCAAUCCGCCUCAGUGAACCGCUGCUGAAACUGAGACCAAGACGGGAUCUGGUUGAGACUCUUUUACAUGAAAUGAUUCACGCACUGCUUUUCGUCACGCAAAACAACAGAGAUCGCGAUGGACAUGGACCAGAGUUCUGCAAGCAUAUGAAUAGAAUAAAUAGCGCUACUGGGACCAAAAUUUCAAUUUACCACAGCUUCCACGAUGAAGUGGAUCAAUACCGGCAGCACUGGUGGCGUUGCACAGGUUCCUGCCAAACUAAGAAGCCUUUCUUUGGCUACGUGAAGCGAUCUAUGAACAGAGCCCCAUCUGCCAACGACACCUGGUGGGCAGAGCACCAGCGCACAUGUGGGGGCAAGUAUGUAAAAAUCAAAGAACCUGAGAAUUACAAGAAGAAAGGAAAGAAGGGAGAGACUGAUGACAAGAAGCAAGAAACCAAGAUAAAGGAAGCCAUUAACAAGAAGGAAGCUCCUAAAACACUAGACAGUGGCAAGACCUCACAUGAUACUGGUAAAACUAAUGGUGUGGACAUUCAAACAGUAAUCCCAUUCAGUGGAAAAGGGUUUGUCCUCGGAAAAAGUUCUCAGGGGUCAUCGCCCCAGAAAUCUUCCAGCGUGGGUAAACCGUCUGAAAACAGCAAUCUUUUUGGCUCGCAGGGGUCACCAGUGAAUCGCCUGAAGGCAAGCAGGAAUGGGAAGCUAGAAUGGCCUGAACAGCUCCACUCGUCUCAAACAAACAGUACUGCCAGUGCGUUUCCUAACUCCGGGUGUCUCACUGGUAACACAAACCUACCAUCGAGGCAACCUCAGUCCUCAGGCAAAAGAUCAGUUGGUAAUAGUAAGGCAUUUAGAAAUGUUAACGGAUCCCCUGUAAGAAUUUUGCCGCUAAAUGGGCAGUUGAAAAACCAGAAUGAUUUUGCAGGGGUAAAACAGAGGACUGUCUACGAUGUAUUCAAUUCGAAAAGCUUUAAACCACCUGAAAAGCCUGGGGUAAGUGCAAGCACCACAAACUUCCCGAAACCAGAAAAUCAUUCCUCAGAGGCAAAGCAAAGGUCCAUUGUCGAUGCUCUUUAUUCCCAAAGCUUUAAAUCUGCGGAAAAAAGUGGGGCAAGUGGAACUGCUACGGAACACAAAAAACCUGAGGAUCAGCCUCCAGAUCAGUCCUUGGGGUUAAAACAAAAGAGCAGUUUUGAGGGAUUUAAUUCUAAAUACUUUAAAUCAGCAGAAAAGGCAGUAGCAGACGGAAGCGGCGUGAACCCCAAAAAGAGACUACGUGAAGAGAACAACACUGCCCCCAUUUUUAAUUUUUUCCAAAAGUCCAAAAAAGAAUUGGAAAAGCCAACUACUACAAAUGCACACAGUAGUAACACAGUGGCAAACAUUCCCCCUGCAGCUGCACGUCCUAACCCUGACCCCUUGAGCUCUCCUAGUAUAACAGUUAGUUGUCCUGUGUGCCAAGUUAGCAUUUUAGAGUCCAAAAUUAAUGAGCAUUUAGAUUCAUGUCUUAUAUAAUGCCAUAUUUUAUACCCAGCAGUUUUAAACCAAUACAGUUUUUAUAUUUUAAAACUGAUAGCUAUGCUACAAUAAUGAUUCGCCCUGAAUCUACAAAAACGCAAAACUGUGAAUUUUAACAAACAUAAAAGAGCAUUCAAGUGGUGUACUUGGCUUUGUCAUGUCUAGAUUAUCUAAUGACUAUGCUAAGCCAAACGAUAAUUUGCUCGAGCGGCUUCCAAACAAAUCUGAUUGCUUAGUGAGCCAGCCUUUGUUAUGUUGUUACUUGCUCGUUGGACAGUUUCAUUUUUUUCUCUUGAACUCAGGCUUUGUCAGCGGGCCCCUUCAGAGCUCAAGCUGUCUGCUCAGAGGCGUGUAAAGCAAACUGCUCAUGCAUUUCAGGAAGAGUGCCUAUUCUUGUUCUUUGACUGCCAAACAUUUUAUUUCACACAAUGGUGCUGCCUACCCAAAAGCCUUAAAAUAUGACAUCAGGCUAGAAUCAGGGUUACUCUUUACAGUGGUUUUAUGUUUUUAUGUAUUCAUUUAUGGGGGGGCGUGGGUAGGUGAUCUGUAUGCCUAUGUCUGUCUAUAGCAAUGGCAAUACCUAUUUGAUGUGGAAAUGUUUUUCAGGAUUAAUCUGGUAUCAUCUGUUUAUAUGAACACCCAAAAUGUAGUUUUAUUAAUGGUCAAUUAAUGGAAAGCUUGAAGCCAUACUCAAUUUGGUAUCAUUGGUAAUUUGAAAGUAAAACUUUUGCAACAAGCUAGCAAAGGACGCUUGUUUUAGAAAAAAACAAAUGUUAUGCAAUAUCUGUUGAUGUAACAGUACUUCAGAUCUAUCCAUUAGAUUGCUUUAAUGUAGGCAAAUUAUUUAGCUUUCCAAUUGUAAUCUGGGUUCUUAUCCUUUACCUUGCAUGUCUAACUGAGUUUGUUUUGAAUAGUUUCAUCAAUGACUUUGCUUUUAACUUGAAUUCAUUUUAUAAUAUUAAAGCUUUCUUAACAUAUGAAAAUAUUUGAUGUGAAAUACAGAUGUUUAUGUAGUAAAUCAGGGUACAACUGAAUGGUGAAGUAGUUUGCAAAUGCACUAAAACUAAGAACACUGUAUUUGUUUGAGCAGGCCUACAGCAUAUUAGAAAUUAUCAUUUGAUUUUAGUAUGAACCUGCCUUGGACAUACUUUCACAAUUAAACAACGACUUUCAGGAUAGAAAAGGUAGAUAAUUAUUUUAGGUUUUAGUGUUUUAUGCUAUUGUUUCUGUGUGUGUGAAAUUGCAGUUCUAAAGUUUUAUAUUUCAAAGUAAAUGUACAUUAAAAUUAAACUAUUU